AAUUUAUCUGAUGUGCCUUUUAACCCAACUUCGCUUUGUUUCUAAAUUUGACUUUCCACAUCAAUCACCCCACGUCCAAGUCAGCCAUUCAGUCAACCCUCAAGGCAUCCUCCAUCUCACACUCUGCAAUCUGACACUACUCACUUGUAUGUGAAUGUGAAGAUAACUAAUACUAUUAUUGUCUUUGUAGCAAAGUCAUGGGCUGUUUUCAGUCCAAAACUGCACUUCUACCAUCUCCUGAUCAACAACCUCCUCCUCCUGAACCCAAUCCAGAUCUAGGUGAUGCUAAUGAAGAGGAACAACUCCCCGCAUUCAAAGAGUUCGCCCUGGCUGAACUCCGGACCGCCACCAAUGGUUUCAGCAGCGAAUUAAUUGUGUCGGAGAGUGGAGAGAAAGCUCCCAAUGUUGUCUACAAAGGAAAGCUCAAGAACAAUUGUGUUGUUGCCAUCAAGCGCUUCUCAAGGCAGUCAUGGCCCGACCCUCAUCAGUUCGUGACUGAAGCUGGUGGUGUGGGGAAAGUUCGGCAUAAGAGAUUGGUGAAUUUGAUUGGUUGUUGCGCAGAGGGAGAUGAGCGGUUAUUAGUAGCGGAGUACAUGCUUAAUGAUACCCUCUCCAAGCACCUCUUUCAUUGGGAAAAACAACCAUUCCCUUGGGAAAUGCGUCUCAGAGUUGCUUACCAUAUUGCUCAAGCACUUGAUCAUUGCAAUUCUCAAAACCGUAAUAUCUAUCAUGAUUUAAAUGCUUACAGGGUUCUUUUCGAUGAGGAUGGUGGCCCUCGAUUAUCCAGUUUUGGUCUUAUGAAAAAUAGCAGAGAUGGAAAAAGCUACAGUACAAACUUAGCUUAUACUCCACCAGAGUUUCUAAGGACAGGUAGGGUCAUUCCAGAGAGUGUGAUCUACAGCUAUGGAACUGUUCUGUUGGACCUUUUGAGUGGAAAGCAUAUACCUCCAGGCCAUGCAUUAGACUUAAUAAGGGGCAAAAAUUUGUUAUUAUUAAUGGAUUCGUCAUUGGAAGGACAAUAUGCCAAUGAUGAUGCUACUCGAUUGGUUGAACUAGCCUCAAAAUGUCUCCAAUAUGAGGCUAAAGAUCGACCGGAUGUUAAGUUUCUUGUUUCGGCAGUGGCACCCCUCCAAAAGCAGAUGGAGGUUGCAUCACAUGUUCUAAUGGGUCUACUGAAAACUCAAGCGGCGUUGCCAACUAUGCUAUCCCCCCUUGGGAAAGCUUGUGCAAGGAUGAAUCUUACUGCAGUGCAUGAUAUUUUGCUUAAAACUGGUUAUAAAGAUGAAGAAGGUGCAGAAAAUGAGCUCUCUUUUCAAGAAUGGACGCAACAAGUUCAAGACAUGUUGAAUACAAAAAAAUUUGGGGAUAUUGCAUUCAGAGACAAGGAUUUCAAGAAUGCUAUCGACUAUUACUCAAAGCUGGUAUCAAUGAUGUCUGUUCCUUCGGGUACUGUGUUUGUGAGACGAGCAUUGUCAUACCUGAUGAUUGAACAAGCAGAACUUGCUUUGAGAGAUGCAAUGCAGGCUCAGGUGUGCUUACCAGAGUGGCCUACUGCGUUCUACAUGCAAGCUCUUGCACUAAACAAGCUUGGGAUGGAAAGUGAUGCUCAGGAUAUGCUUAAUGAUGGAGCAUCCUUUGAAGCAAAGAAGCAGAAUAGCUGGCGGAUUUAGAUGAUUAUUUUAAAGGGUUCUUUUUCAGUUGAUGUCUUGUGGGCAAAAUAUUUUUAACACAUACAAGAAAUGUAUAAAAGAAGAUGAUUAAUAGCAAGAAAUAAGAAGAGAAGCGACCGACAAGCUUCAACUUAAAGUUUAGUGUAUGGGGGUAGGCCUGUUAUUAUUAUUAUUAUUAUUAUGUGGUUUUGGUUUUGAAAUUGAUUUGUUGAUGAGUUGAAUUGAGAGUGCAAGUGAACGAAUUGGCAGAUCAGCAUUUAGUUUAAAAAAUUUUUCAACUAGCAUGCAUGAUUCAUAUUGAUUUUCAUUAUUAGAAAAUUUAAAAUAGUACAUGGAAUGAUUCUUGUCAUCUUGUCGGAUUUCUAAAAACUGAAAUAGUAUGGGCCGGUGGAUAGGUGAGGCCCAAAUGUUUGUUUGCUACACUGACAGCACAGGACAAGUGGUCAUUGAUAGAUUGAUUCAUUGGUCAAAUGGACGUGGCAGUGACAUGGAAAAGAUAAUUCAAAAAUCUUGAUAGGUCAAUAAGUUUCUUGUCCUUAAAUAUGGAAAGAAGUAUCCGUGCUUGUUUGUUUGCAUUCAAGUAUCGGGAAUCUUCAUCUCUUCGAAUGGGUUGAUGUAGGAAAAGCGGAUAGUCAUUUUAUGGAUAAAUCAGCACUUGGCAAGGAGGCUCGUGAGGAAAUCACGCGGGAGUCACUGAUUGCUAUCUCUUAUUCUGUACCAGACAAGGCUCUUGCUUUUAAACUCUCAUCAGAAUGUUUAAACGGUGAAAAGCUGGGCGACAGAGGAUUUGAUGGAGCCGAGAAGUUUAGGUCCGAACUGAUUUCAAUAACAUAUUUAGAGUCAGCUGACAUUAAUGCCAAUUGGACACACUUAGAGAAUUGAAGGGUUAGACUGGACUAAUAGAGACAGCAGGUUCAGGUUCUGUUUUAUUGCAAAAUCUCUCUUCUAUUUUUAUUUUUUUGGUGUCAUAUUCUGUUGUAUUGUGUUGUGUGCAUCAAAUUAUAAUCUGUACAUGGGCACUGCCCAAAUGCGAUGCUUGGUUUCAAUAGUUUAAAAACAGAUUUCUGGGAUUUCUGUGGAGAAGUUUUCUUCUGUUCAUGAAUGAAUGUAGAUUUGUGUGUC